AUGUUAAAGUAUGGUCUCAAAUUUUUACAAGAUAGAAAGAAAGAGAGAAAACGUUCGAACCAAGAAGUCAAACCGGAGUUACCUGCUUUUGAGUGGCAAGUAACCAGUGAUACAAGUUUUGAAGAUUGUUUGCCUUCAACUUCCUCCACAACUACGACAAUUAAUCCUUCCAACGAUGAAAUGUCUUGCAGUUCAGAUGUAAAUUGUAAAUCUUCUUUGGUUAGAUCAUCAACGAAUGUUGAAUCUGGUAGAAUAAGAUUAAUACAAAUAAUUAGUGAUGAAGAAGCGAGAACAAAAUUUCGAAAUUAUUUAGUUUCACAAUAUUGUGAAGAAAAUUUAGAUUUUUACAUGGAUAUUGUAAAAUUUCACUCUCAUUUUAAUAGUGAAGGUUCUUUAAACCUUCCUGAAAUCAUUUCAUAUGCCAAUUAUAUAUGGAAUGAAUAUUUGGAUCCUGAAACUUCCACAAAACCUUUAAAUGUCCCUCAAGACCUUUUAAAUAAUUGUAAACAAAAAAUUUCAAAGUUGUUUACCAUCGAUUUAUUUGAUAAACUUCAACAACAUUGCUUUGAUUUAAUGUUACAAGAUUCGUUACCGAAAUUUACGCGAAAUCUAUUUCCUCCGGCUCACUUCGUUCUAAAUUGA